ACUCUUUUUUUCCCCUUCUAGACUCUGCCCCUUGACCAACUAACCUGACUUUAAUUGGACGACAAAUCUGCCGGCAGCUCAGCCAUUGGUGGAGCUUAACAGCUAUUAUGCUUGUUCAGAAGAGCCUAACUGCCCAACAGCAGGGGAGGGAAGGAGCGAAAGAAAAGACGGGAGUGACAGAGGCCGGGGGAAGAGGGGGGCUACGAAAGCAAGGAGGAGUGGAGCGGUUAGUGCGCAGAGUCGGGAACUUGCUGCCUGUGGGAAAGUAAACAGCAGUAUUUGCCGCCCUCUCAGAGGCCUCAGUCCGACAGCAGUGGAUAAACAGAGAAUGAGGAUGUGUUCAAGGAGACAGCUGAUUUCAUAGCAGGAAGUGCAUGGGAGGUUGUUGGGAUUAAAGUCACUCUUGGGAGGUGCUGAAGCUUUCCUGUGUUAGUACUACUGAGGACAAAAAGAGCAUAUGUCCAAAGGUUUAUCUCACCAGCAGCUGGAGGAGGAUGUGGAGAACGAAGAGCAGAGAGAGAAAUUUGAAUUUGAAGAUGAUAUUGGCAAACAAAAGGGCAAGACUGCCUCUGGAGAGGAGACAUCAGGGAAAUGCAGUGAGCUUAAGACACAUUCAAGCAAAUGGAAUGAAACUCAGGAAAAACAUGCAGAUCUAUCUCAAGCCAUCACUACAGUUUCCGCUGCUGCUCAGGAGUGUACCGGUUCUCAUAACGCUAAUGUGUCAACCACCAACAAAAGAGAUCAAGCUUUCACAGACACUGCUGCACCAGAGGACUUAAAUGAAGAGGAAGACCAGACUUGCACUGCGGUGAAGAAGACAGAGAGGGAAACAUGCUCUAUUAAAACUAACACAGAAACAGAGAAUAGCAGACACAGCCCAGCACAAAAUGCUGAAGGUGAUGCCUCUGCUGAGUCUGAACACCAGACGGCUGGUCCGGAGGUGAUCUAUGAUGAUGUACCCUGUGAAGAUUUGUCCUCAGGAGAAGCUGACUUGAUCUAUGAGGACGUUCAGAAAGAGGAGGGCUUGCAAGGGCCCAAAAAUGGCUGGAGCUCAAGUGAGUUUGAAAGCUAUGAUGAGCAGUCCGACUCUGAGAGGGCGCCAACCCGUAGCAAGCUCUCCCCCGAUGUGCGACGACUGAGAGAACGUUACACCAGGACCAAACAGGAGCUAGCCAUGAGACUGGGGGGCAGACAUCAGGUCCAUCAGCUGAUGCGGGCGGCACGUAGCGGAACGAAAGAUGGCCUGGAGAAGACCAAAAUCGCUGUGAUGAGGAGAGUUUCAUUCCUACAUAAAAAGGACCACUCAGAUGACACUGAGGAUGAUACAGGGUAUCUGGAUGUAAUGGUAUCCGAGGCAAAACACCCACCUGCACAACUGGGACCAAUGCCAGAUGGGCUUAGCAGCCAACAGAUCGUCCGACGCCACAUUUUGAGCUCCAUUGUGCAGAGCGAGAGGAGCUACCUGGACUCUCUUAAACGGAUCCUACAGGAAUACCAGCGACCUCUGAUGGAGGCCGAGCCUCGGAUUCUCAGUGUCAGGAAGAUCCGGCCUAUUUUUUUCCGUCUGUGGGAGAUCAUGCAGUGCCACUCCAUGUUCCAGAUUGCCCUGGCAUCUCGGGUGGCCGAAUGGGACUCUUGUGAAAAGAUUGGGGACCUGUUUGUUGCUUCAUUCUCAAAGUCCAUGGUGCUGGAUGUAUAUAGUGAUUACGUCAAUAACUUCACCAAUGCCAUGGCCCUCAUUAAGAAAGCCUGCAUCUCUAAACCAGCAUUUCUGGAGUUCCUCAAGAAGAAGCAGGCAUCCAGCAUUGACCGCAUAACCCUCUAUGGUCUGAUGGUGAAGCCUAUUCAGCGUUUUCCUCAGUUCAUACUCCUCCUGCAGGACAUGCUGAAGAAUACUCCCACUGGCCAUGUGGACAGGCUGCCCUUACAAUUGGCUCUGACUGAGUUGGAGACCCUCGCUGAGAAACUCAAUGAGCAGAAAAGGGUGGCUGAUCAGAUCACUGAGACGCAGCAGCUGGCUCGCUGUGUCAGUGACCGCUCUCUCAGCAAGCUGCUGAACUCUGAGCAGAGCUCUUUGAUCCUUUGCGAGACGCUGAUUGAGACGGUGUAUGGUGAACGAGGACAGGUCCUUAAGUCUAAGGAGAGGAAAGUCUUUCUCUUCGGUGACAUGCUCAUCUGUGCCAACAUCAAUGUCAAGGGCCCCCCUGACAUCAGCAGUCUGGUUCCAGUAGGUCCCAAGUAUAGCCUUAAGUGGAGUGCCCCCUUGCAGCAAGUUCAGGUAGUUGAAGUGGGUCAAGAGGGCUCCCAAUCUAAGGACACUCUUUACCAGCUUGGAGGCGUCAAGCGUUCGGGCAGCACUUCGGGACUGGGAAGUAUCAUUCUGGGUCCGCCCCGUCUGUAUCAGGAACUGCAGGAGUUGCAGCACGACCUCUCAGUGGUAGAGCAAGUCACUCAGCUCGUGGGGACUUUACAGGGAACGUACCAGAAUCUGAACACUACGGUAGCACAGGACUGGUGUUUGGCGUUGCAAAGGCUGAUCCGCAUCAAAGAGGACCAAAUUCAGAGUGCCAACAAGUGCCGUUUACGAUUGCAGGUCCCUGGCAGACCAGACAAGUCUGGGCGUCCUGUAAGCUUCACUGUGGUCUUCAACACACCAAGCCCUGUCAGCAAGAUCUCCUGGGUCAACCGGUUCCACCUAGCGAAGAUAGCACUGAGGGACGAAAACACACCGGGUUGGUUCUCUGCAGAGGAUUAUGGGAAGACCAAAGCUCAGUUUUGGUGUCCACUUCUGGCCUAUCGCAUGCCUGUUUUCCCCUCCAAAGCCCAGGAAUGGAAGCUGGAGGCUGCUCUUCAUAAUCCUGUUCAGUGUGCUUUACUUGGUGUUUCAGCGGUGAGCACUUCACUUCCUCAAGGCUACCUCUGGGUAGCCAGUGGAGGUGAUUCCUCUCAAGGCCAGGUGGACAUUUUCUCCUUGAACAGACCCACGCCUCGGCCUGUAAAAUCCCUCCAGAUGGGCGCUCGAGUGAUGUGUCUGGAGUAUGUGCCUGAGCCCACCCCUUCAGAGGAUGCUGAAACCGGCCCUCAUAACUCCACUGGAGUUGGAAAUACUAUCUGUGUAGGACUUGAUGAUGGCAGCAUCCUGCUCUAUGGCAGUAUGGACACAGCCGCCCAGUGUCUCCUAACUCUCUCUAACCCCGAGGGCUGUCCAGUUCUGUGUCUCAAACAUUCCGGUAACUUCCUGUUCGCUGGCCUGCGGGAUGGAACGCUGAUGGUUUACGGGAGACAUCACAGAGGGGAACUGUGGAGCCAAGACUCCUGUAGAAAAGUAACAGUUGGUUCAGAUCCCAUCAGGACGCUUCUUGCUUUGGAGGACUCGGUCUGGGCUAGCUGUGCUAACACAGUUACUGUAGUUGAUGGCUCCAGUCUGUCCACUCAGAGAUUUGAGGUCCAUCAGGACCCGAUGGUGAGCGUGGCCCACAUGGUACGAGCCGGAGGGGGCGUAUGGAUGGCCUUUUCAGAAGGUUCCUCUAUACGCUUGUUCCAUACGGAAACGCUGGAACACUUGCAGGAGAUCAACAUUUCCACACCCUCGUCAUUUUACAACCCCAGUCAAAGGAGCAUGAGAGUUACCAGCCUGCUGAUUUGCCAGGGGCUGCUAUGGGUGGGAACUGCCCAGGGCAUUAUCAUCACCCUGCCUGUGCCCAAGCUGGAGGGCAUCCCCAAAAUUACAGGUAAGGGGAUGAUAUCCCUUAAUGCACACUGUGGGCCUGUGGAUUUCUUAGUUGCCCUUUCCAGCACUUUAUCUCCUGAUCUUCUGAAGCGGGAUUCUAUGGUGGAAGGGCAUGAUUCGGCCUGUGGGGUGGAGGAUCGGAGUGACUCGUCGUCUCAGGAAUCUCUCCAGCAGCCCAGUGUUUCCGCCCAUGUGGAGGGCAAAGGGAAGGGGCGGGGCUUGUUGCUACAGUACCGCCUCCGCUCAACCUCAGGGUUGCCCGGGCGACCGUUAACCGCACGAGGGGACGAAGCCUCAGACUCGUCUUUGGAAUCUCUGGAACACAGCAUGGAAGAUGGCUCUAUUUACGAACUCAGCGACGAUCCAGACAUGUGGGUCAGGGGUCGGCCCUGCGAGAGGGAAGGGGUGAGGAGGGACAGGGUAACCUCGGUGGCGGUCAUCUCAGGCGGGAAGGGCUUCCGUCGACUGAAGGAGGGUUCGAUGGCGGCCACCACAGAAAGCAUGCUUAUGAUCUGGCAGCUUCCUCUCGCUGUUUGAGUUGAAAUUAUGUUUAAGGAAUAGUGAAAUUUAAAUGUUGUCAUCAUUUACUCGCCCUCAUGUCAUUCUACACCUGCAUGUUUUAUUGUACUGAGAUGUACUGGAGACUCCUUUAAAUGCAAUUACAAUAAAUGGAAACGGAAACAGAAGAUUUAAAAAAAAAAUCAUUAAAUAUGGCCGUACGACUUAUUCUUUUAAGUCAUACUGUAUAUCUGUGUGAUAAGCACUAAAGACUUAAUUUAUUGCUCAUUUUUCUCUCAAGUGCAUCAGUGUAACUGGAUCAUUGAGUCAGUGGCUAUGUUUACAUGCACACCUUUUGUUUCAAUCGGACUGAAUUCAUUCCGAUUGAUGAAUCCGAACGCAGUGUUUACGUGAACACUUA